UAUAGAAGAUUGUAUCACACUCGUAUGCAACCCAAAAGAAAGAAAGAAAAAUGGUAAAUAGAUAAGAUUCUUAAAUAAAAAUUAAGGUAGUGUUGAUUUAUUUUUAAACACUAUAAUUUGCAUCGUAAAUAACCCCUUCUUUUCUGCAUUAAAUUUAAUAAAUCAGGCCGUAGCUUUAUUGAGAAAUAAAAGAAAAAACAAAAGGAAAGCAGAGGAAAUGCUAGUGUGCCAGAAUCAGUAAGUAGGGUUUAACUCUAAGCCGCGAAGAAAAGGAAAAAGAGAAAAAGGUCUUGGAGAAAAAUUAAGAACAUCAAAAACCAAAUGGCUAAUAUCUCGCGUAGACUCUGUCGUUCCCUUCUUUCUAGCUCCAAGAUUUCUAAAUUUUCUAAACCCUUUUGCACUGGCAAUCUCUCCUCUCGCGAAGAAGAGCAUGACUCAGAUGAAUCCACUCAUAAUUCGGAUACCGACUCAAUCUCAACACAAUCACCAUCUUCCACAUCAUCACCACCGCCGCCAGAGUCUAGUCCGCAGCGAGAAGUCUAUCAACGGCCACUCGAGAAUGGCCUUGAUUUGGGCGUUUAUAAGGCAAUAUUGGUGGGGCAGGUGGGGCAGAGUCCAUUGCAGAAGAAGUUGAGGAGUGGAAAGAGCGUCACUAUGUUCUCAUUAGGUACAGGUGGAAUUCGCAAUAAUCGAAGGCCAAUGCAGAAUGAGGAGCCAAGGGAAUAUGCAAAUAGGUGUGCUGUUCAAUGGCAUCGCGUUUCAGUUUACCCUGAAAGACUGGGGAGUAUUGUUAUGAAGCACCUUUUACCUGGAUCAAUUAUGUAUCUUGAGGGGAAUCUGGAGACCAAGGUCUUCACUGAUCCGAUAACUGGUCUUGUACGGCGCAUAAGAGAGGUUGCUAUUCGUCAAGAUGGUCGGAUUGUGUUUUUGGCAAAAGGUGGCGAUGAGAAGGAAGCAAGUUCCAAAGAACUGAAAGGUCUUGGCUAUUACUAGGAGCAGAGGUAGCAAAUUACUAGAAUGGUGGUUUUUAACGGAAAAGCCUAUUUUCUCAUUUGUAAUUAUUUUGGAAUUUCCUUCAAAGAUAGCAGUGAUAAUAGAUGGAGAUGGUUAUUUCUGUCGCCAAAUGCUUGGCAAAUGGUAUUUUUACUUUAUUUUGCCCUAGUUUUACAUGUCCUUGUUUCAACGUGACUUGUUCUAUGGAAGCAGGAAAAGUUUGAGGAAAUGAUUUAUGAGUAGCUGUGAGGCUGCUGGUGUUGGGACUUUUCCAGGUUAGGAGAAGCAUUUUGACAAGACAACUGAAAUGUGCCACUGCGAUUAUAUAAAAUUUUUCUGAUGUGCACACACACACACAGACACACACAGAGAUAAGAGAAGAGAAGCUGCACAUGUGGGUGUCUAUGCAAUUAUUUUCUGUUUCAAACAGUAAUUAUUUUAAAGUCUUCUUGUUAUAAGAUAAUAUUCCGAUGCACUAUUUAUUUUUGGCAGAAUGCAUAUUUAAACAUUUCAAUUUUGAUUA